GUGUUCGUUCCAUUUGCAGAGGUUUCGAUUUGUUUUGUUGCUUGAUUACCCGAUCGGGUGUGUCGUGAGUGAGUGGUCACUGUGGUUCGACUGGUUCUUGUUCUGCCCACCACCCCCCUCGAAUCACCUUCUUCGCCCUCUCUCUCUUCAAGAGAGACUGAGACUUGAAAUUCACGGGGGCGAAAGGACACUCGUGGUUGCUGAGCUCAGCCUUCAUCACCCAACUGGACCAAAGGUUAUUGUGCGGUUGUCGCUCUUCUCUUUUCUCUCAGACUGUGUGUGGGUAGCCUUGCAGCUAGCUAGCUGCCAUGGAUGAUACCGCGGGAUGGCUUUGUGAAGAACCUGGCUCUGGUUCAUUUCAUGAUCUGCGAGAUGAAGUUGCACCACCCCUAGUUGACGAUACGAUGAUCUACUCCCCUGUUGGUUCACUUGCCUCACGCGCAGGCUCUCCUAAAGGGAAGCGGCGCCGCAGUCUUCGGCAGUUGUCCCGAGUGAGCAUUGCUGCUGCUGCUGUUCAGGAGAGCCUGCUCUCUGGCGACACAUCUCGGCGAUACAGCCCUCGUUUGGCCAGCCGUUGUAGCAUUCCAAUGGAUUGUGUUGAUGCUAAUAGUGAAAUUAGCAGCGGUGCUACACCUGUGCCGUCCAGGACUCAGGCCAGUACCUCAAGGAACGUACCAUGCAGCGUUUCUCGGCCUCCGCCUUCGGUUUGCCGUGCUUCAUCGCGAGCCGCUGCCACUCCACAAUUGACCGUUCGCUCUCGACUGCCUAUGAGCGAAGCCAAGGCGCGUGGUAUCACGUUCAGUUUGUUCAAGACGCCGCCAAAAUCAGCCGUUGGCCAAACAUGCCGCCCGGUCGGACCUGAUGAGGAUACAGAAGACAAGGUUCUCCGUCGUCUAUCAUUCUCAAAACUGUUCGCCGUGGACACAAGUGGGGAGGCAUUGAAUGAUAGCAAUAGCGUCACAUCUCAGCCUGAAGAAGAUAGAAGCUGCAUGGCCAGCUCCAGUAUUGCCUUUCCCAGUGCUGCUGCUGCUGUGAAGAAGAAUGCCAUAACUCCGGCAAAGAAAACAAAGCUCUCCCGAGCAACAUCACUGUCGGCACCGAGUAAUCGCCACUGGCAGGAGUCCAGAUCAGCCAGCAAAACUCCUAGCACCAUCCAGCGACCAGGUGCUGUCUCCAAACUGAAGAAGACCAAAGAGAACGAAGCAUCAUCGACUCGGUCACCUAGCAAACUGAGCCUGUCGUGGAAAUCCACGACCUCAUCCCGGCCAGCCGCCACGCCAAAGAAGCCCCUGGGCGACUCUAACCGCAUGUGUCACACGUCCACCAAAGCAUCGCCUCCCAAGAGGUCACAUCUUGUGCGGUCCGCGUCGAAAGCUCAGCGGCCUUCUCAGAAUUCUAAUAUGGCUGAGAAGAUUGAGAAGAAGACUCAGAGUCGCAUUGACAAAGUACUCGGCACAUCUACAUCGUCACAUCGCAGCGGCGGCUUGGGUCGAUCGCUAAGCUUCCGCCGUCCCACCAGCCUUCGGCCACUACCAGGGUCCAGUCAGACAUCAGCAGUGAAGUCACCUAAACUGAAGAGUACGCAUGGUUCAACACAGAUGACUGAUGCAGUAUCCCCAGGCGCCAAGAAGCGCAAACUCAAGGCAGCCAGCCGGGCUUCAAUCUUCUGUGCUGAGCUACGCUGAGCACCGAGCAAAUUCCCUUGUGCUGUUUUCUAUGGCCUACCUGUACGAGUAGGUGCCACGUUUACUUCAACGGUGAUCAGAUACUAGCAUCCAUCACAAGCUCCUCUCGGGGCGUAGGUGAUUCCCUACCUUUUGUAUAUGACCCACACAGACUACCAGGCUGCAGCUGUGCAUGCAUCUCAGUUUUCUUACAUUGAAGUCGUAUUGUCUGAAAGUAUAUGUGUCAUCACUACGAUGCAGUUACAAUAUAGUACACACUGCACACAGAUUAGGUUCCUACCCUUGCAUUAUCCCCAGAAUGUGUUUGGUGUCACUUACAGUCCAGUUCUUUUGGUCCUUUCUUCUUUUUCCACUUUUCUACCGCUGGUCAUGGAAAGCCAUGGACAGGCAACGGUAACUUUCAUAAUAUUCCUCAAGACCUUCAAAGUUCAGACACAUAGAGACUCUAUUUUGAUUAAAGUUUCUUACAACAGACCUGGUAUUAUUCAUUAUCUCAUGUGCUGUUUUUUUCUUGUUGACAAUCAGAUUCCCCAUUUUAUCACAACGCACAGGCACUAUUAUAGUAAUAGUAUCCAAAAGCAAUCAAGGAUAAAAAUGCCCUGCUCUAUUUUUACUUGUGCUGUACUUUCGUGCUGUCAUUGUCCUCAUCGCUAAUGCUUAGUAACAACUUGCAAGCCCACUGCAGUAAUGCUGAAGCAGCAUUCUGUCACCUGCUUCUAUUCUUCUUCUGUUCUUUUCGUUUACAUGUACAUGGACCGGAACUAGAAAUCCAGCUGUA